GUGUAUUUCAAGAGACCAUGAAUGUAGGCAUCCAAAAAAGGGGGAUUUCCUAAAUGACAAGUGGAGGACACAGUUCUGAAAACAGUGGAUAAAGUUUCAUCGAAAGUACAGAAGAAAGACGUGUGAUUGAAAGGCUCAAUCACAAUGCCGGGACGGGUGGUUGACUUCCAGGGACAGAGCUUUUACAAGCUGAGGCGGGCCUGCCUGCGUCGAGGUGCGCUCUUCAAGGACCCAGAGUUCCCCGCCACCGAGCAGUCGCUCUUUUACAAGAGGGAGCCCCCGCCGGGACUGACCUGGAAGAGGCCGAGGGAGAUAUGUAAAGAUCCUCGAAUGUUUGUCGACGGCAUCAGCACUCGUGACCUGCACCAAGGCAGUCUGGGUAACUGCUGGAUGGUGGCGGCCAUUUCCUGCCUCGCGUCUGAGCCGUCACUGUGGAAGAAGGUCAUCCCUGACCAUGUGGAUCAGGAGUGGAACCCAAAGCGACCAGAUCUGUAUGCGGGAAUCUUCCAUUUCCGUUUCUGGCGCCUCGGCCGAUGGAUGGAUGUUGUUGUUGACGACCGUCUGCCGGUCAGCGGGGACGGAGCGUUGCUUUUCUGCCGCUCGGCCACGCCAAGAGAGUUUUGGAGCGCGCUGCUGGAGAAGGCCUACGCCAAGCUGAAUGGUUGCUACGAGGCCUUGGAGGGAGGAAACACUGCGGAGGCUCUGAUCGACUUCACAGGCGGCGUUUCUGAGCCUCUGAAUCUAGAUCAUGAGGCCCUCAGCGUACACAGUGACCAGAGGAGGGCCUUCUUCCAGAGAUUAGCUAAGGUCCACGAAUGCAAAUCCCUCAUUACCUGCUCUAUACGACCAGCUGAGGGGGAGACAGUGGAGUCUGUAUUGGACUGUGGACUUGUCCGGGGACACGCCUACGGGAUCACAGCGGUGAGGAAGGUGAGGCUGUUGGAGAAGCUGCUGAAGCCGGAUGGGGCGUCCCGACUCUUUAUGGUGCGCAUGAGGAACCCAUGGGGGACCACGGAUUGGACGGGCGCCUGGAGUCAGAGGUCAGAGCAGUGGCAACAACUGAGUCGAACAGAGAGGGAGAAGAUGGGACUCAUUGUUCGUGACGUUGGAGAGUUCUGGAUGGACUUCGAGGAUUUCUGCCACUACUUCACAGAUGUGGUAGUGUGCCGCCUGGUGGAGAGGACUCUGCUCUGGCCGAGCUCUCACUGGAGAGAAGUGCAUUGUUACGGAGAAUGGGCUCCAGCUCCUUCUACAUCUGGACCACCUCCACCCACGGUGCUUCAGAAUAACUGCGGACUCACCCCGGGUAAGAACAACACCAAAUCUGGAGGGCUCAAACAACGGGGGAACCGAAAAGAGGCUCAACUACGGGAGAGUCGUCAGGAGGGAGGAAAAAGACGAAGGCGUGAUGCAGAUAAGACUAGAAAUAAUGUCACAAAGGAGUCCGAUGGUGGUGGAGAGGUGACUGGAGCUUGGGAGGAACACAUGGACAAAAGGAGUCGAUGCGGAGGAUGCAUCAACCACAGGGACACUUUUCUGCACAAUCCACAGUUCAUCUUUGAGGUGCAAGGCAAAGAGGAGGAGGUGCUGAUUUGUCUGCAGCAGGAGGACAGGAGGAUGUGGAAGAAAAAUGGAGGAGGAGAAAAUCUGCCCAUUGGCUUUGAGGUGCUGAAGGUGGAAGUGAACCGCUGCUCAAGGGUGCAGUGUGUGGUGGAGCAGGCGGCCAGCUCCGUCUACAUGGACUCCCGCAGUGUGACACUAAGAGGAACCCUGGCUCCAGGUCGGUACGUGGUGCUGCCAACCACCUUCCUGCCAGGCGCCACCGGACGCUUCUUGCUACGUCUCUUCUCCCAUUCUCCUGUCAGACUCAGGGAGCUGAAGGAGGACUUGCCAUCUCCUUCUGUGCUCCAGUGUUUUCUACCUCAGCCCACAGUGGUGACCACAGUCCAUCUCCGCCGGGCGUCAGGACUCAGUCCUCCCAAGCAGACAGCUCCAGAUGUUUAUGCUGUGGUGCGAUGUGAGAACGACACCAUCAGGACGCGAGUGUUUAAGGAGGAGGGAAGCCCCGAAUUCAACCUCAGGACCAUCUUCUACAGGAGAUACCCCGACACGCACAUCUCUGUCGAGUUAUGGAGCAGAGGUUUGCUGUGGGACUCGCUGCUCGGCGAGGCUCGGCUCCAGACGGGGGCGCCCGAGAGGAGCCGGAGCCACGUGGUGGAUCUGCGAGGGGGACAGUCGCAGUCGAAAUUCAGAGGCUGCGUCUACGUGGAGACGUCGUCCAGCGACUGCCUCACGGACUUGUGACAGCGUCCCUCUGGUUGCCAUGGUAACCAGGGAAGAUGCUGGAUGUGCAGAGAACAGCUAACGUUAGCAAGUCAAAAACUUUAAGGACAGUAACACUGUGUUAAGCUAAAGAUAUUAAACACAAUAAAGGUGCUUUGAUGCAUUUAUCACCUACAUGUGUUCUGUGUAUUUAAAAUAGAAAUAAAUCCAGUUUCUGUUUAAAAUUUAAAAGAUGUUUUGAGAUGAUCUGCUGGUCAGACAUAAAGAUUGGCAUCCUUGACUUCAGCAGUUCAGCAACCAACAAAAAGUUGCUGCCAAAAUUUUCUGUGUGUGUGUGUUUUAUUUUAUUAUAAUUUAAUAAAAUGUAUUAUACUGAUCGUCAUUUCUUUUGCUGAUGAAAUCCCAUUUGCAUUUUCGUAUGAUUAAAUGAUGAACAUCGUG